AUGGGGGCUCAGGGGAUGCGCCUUGCCCUGUGGCUCCUCACUUUUUCCAUGCUCAUGCAGAUGCUUUCUAGUGAGUUGUUUUCUCCAGGAGUCAAAAAAGAGCUGUGUGAAAGCGGGUAUCUUGGAGCGAAAACCGCGCUCUGCAACCACCCUGUAAGGAGGGGAUUCUGUGGCUUGUAUCUGUACAGAUACUACUUCAACAAGGUCACAUCGCUAUGUGAGCCCUUCGUCUUCUCUGGCUGUGGGGGCAACAGGAACAACUUUAAAAGUAAAUACCUCUGCGAAUUCUAUUGCAUUGAUAAGCAGCUGACUUCAUUGCUGAAUUUCGUUAUGGAUCAAAAUAACUCUCAUUCAGAUCUCGCAACUGCCCCAGAUCAACUGGCCAAAUGUCUCUGGCGUCCCAGUUGGUGGCACUAUAGAAACCACGACACUGGAGCUGGGAGCUCCAAGUCUUGA